CAUGUGACUAGGGUGCUCUCAACUCUCAAUUUUCUUGAAGGGGUUUCCGCUGAAGAAGACACGGACAAACAUGAUAAUAAUGAAGUUGACAGAGAUGAUCAUGAGUGCAGAAAUAUCACUAUAGAUGACUGUGGAAAUGUCCAUCUUGCUGUUGAUGAUGAUGCUAGGCAAUUCCCAGACACUCCGAACACAGCUGACCUAGGUGCAUCAGGUACUUCUCCAUCUAAGAGAGGCGAUUUUGGAAAUACCUGUCUCACUGAUGAUGAUGAUGAUGAUGAUGAUGAUGAUGAUGAUGAUGAUUCAAGGCAAUCCCCAAACACUCCAAACAUAGCCAUGCCAGGUGCAUCAGGGGUUUUUGCUGAAGACAUGGACGGACAGGAUAAUAAUGAAGUUGAUAUGGAUGACCAUGAGUGCAGAAAUAUCGCUGCAGACGACAGUGGAAAUGCCCAUCUCGCUGUUGCUGAUGAUGCUAGGCGAUCCCCAUACACUCCAAACACAGCUGAGCUAGGUGCAUCAGUUGAUGUACAUGAUCGUGAGUGUGAAAAUACUGCCGCAGACACUUCUCCAUCUCAAAGAAAGAUGGACGAUCGUGGAAAUACCCAUCUUAUUGAUGAUGACAAUGAUGAUGAUUCAAGGCAGUCCCCAGACACUCCAAGCACUGUUGUGCCAGCUAAUGCAGGUAUGGGAUCACAAAUAGCUGUUAUUGAGGUCAAAGACAGUGAUGAUGAGGAUGAUGAGUGUUUCGCAGGUGGAGCUUUGAAGGGAAAGGAAGUGACUGUGGCGUUGCAGCAACAGAGGAUGAUAUUGGGCAUUCAAGUUUAUCAAGACCACAAAGAGCUUUUAUUGAGACCAAAGACAGUGAUAAUGAUGAUAACGGGUUUAUCACAAGAAAGCAAUGCUAGCCCUGUGAGAGUAAAUGAGACGAUUGGAUCCCUAAAAAGAAAAUGGUUUCCAGAGCCUGAAAAUUCAUUUGAUGGAUUGAAUAAAAAUCUGGUGGAUGGUUCUGAUAGUGAUGAUGAUGAUUCCAGUUCCACAUCCUGUUCAGAUUCCGAGAUCAAUGAGGUCGAGCUUCCUUCAAAUUUUCUUUGUAGCACAGGUGGUAAACGGAGAAAAUAUAGACAAGCAUGGCCUUUGCAUUAA